CCACAGCGGCGCCGGCGCUGGGCGCGGCUUUCCAUCGUGCGGCAUCAAUCGAGCCUCGGGCCCUAGAGCUAGCAUCGACAACCUUGAAACCAACAGCCGCGCCCGGGCAGCCGUCGCGAGCAGUCAAUGGCAGCCCUAGACAAUGACAUCGAGAAGCUCCUGCCCGCCGCCCUGUACAAGAAGGGCUUCGACUUGUCUGCAGCCUUCUCGACGAAGGCCUACAACGACACCACUUCGAAUAAAAAACUGCACGACUUCGGGCGGCGGAACGGUGCUUUGGCUUUCGCGGUCGGCAGUUCAAAACAUAUUUGGCAGUACUUCCUGCGCUGCGAGCCGCGGAGCGCCUGGCCCGACCACCCGAACAACAGCCGAGGGCUAAACGCCUUCGACUCGUUCGUGGAGGAGGCCGUGCUGGAGGCGGUCGACGACGCUAACCUACACAGAAGGACGCAGCGACAUUACGAGUUCGCGCACCAGGGCGACUACAAGUUCCUGGACUUUGAGAAGCUGAAGGAAACGCACUUUACAAGGGGUCAACGGCAGACGCUGCACGAAGAUUGUUUACCAGGCUGCAAGUCGAUCAACGGCUAUCUGUCGGCCAUGGGCCACCAUCCCAAGUGCCCCCACGCCAAGGAGCCCAUCCAACGACCCGUUGGUGAUUUACCGGACGUCUGGGACGACCAACCUGGCGACGCCGUAGAUUUUCGGGCGUGUGCGGCAUUGGCAGGAUUGGUCGAAAUUUUACCAGGCGGUCUAUGUGCGCAUAAAAAAUUCGGGCCCUGGGUUUCGAUAAGGGCCAUCAUUGUGGUCGACGCGGAUCCACCGAAUGACGUCCUGCCUCCCGUACGAGGGCUUGUUGAUGAUGACGUGGCGGGCUUGGCGGAGGACGCGGUAGACGCGGACCCCGACGACUGGGACGCCUGGCUGCGCAUCUACAAGGAGAUUGAAAGAGGGAGGGAGCACAAGUUCGGGGAGGCCCAAUUAUUGUAUCGCUUCGCGGGGCCGUUCCGCGACCAGGCGCUGCGGCGGGGGCUCCAGCUGCAGCUCUGCUAAGUAUGGUCUC